CCGCCGACGCCAUUUGGAACCAAGGAGUGAAAUAAGUGAAAAGGACUUUUGAAAUCUUAAAGCCUUCAAACUUGGUUCAGCUUCGCUUCUACGCUUCAUUUUUCGUUUCGUCGCGCGGCCCAAACUUUUUUUCACCCGGUUCGCCACAGCUUGGGAUGGAGUAACGCCCGUGCCUAGCCCGAUUGAUCAUCUACUCAGCUUGCAGAUUAUUGCUGAUUGGUGGUGUACCAACAAGCAACAACGGACGGGUAUAAGGGAGUGGGGGGCAGUGCUUCUCGUAACCCGGGAGGAAGUAACGUUAUGAAAUUUGAUAGGGACGAACUUGCUCGUUCCCUGUCCACAAGCAACAAAUGCCGAUGGAUACCUCCUUCUACUGUCGCCAGGCGAGAGGCACUCACCCAAGAAGCUAAAGAUGAACUCACUUUUCGCAAGGUGCGUGGCAUCUUGAACAAGCUAACCCCGGAGAAAUUCAGAAAAUUAAGUGAUGACCUUUUAAACACUGAUCUCAACUCUAGUAAGAUUCUUAAAGGAGUUAUUCUUCUGAUAUUUGAAAAAGCACUAGAUGAGCCGAAGUACAGUUCUAUGUACGCUCAGCUAUGUAAGCGGCUGUCAGAAGAAGCUCCGAACUUUGAACCUCCCAACAGCGCCUGCACCUUCCGUUUACUGCUGCUAGGCAAGUGCCGCGAUGAGUUUGAAAACAGAUCAAAAAUUGCAGAAGCCUUUGAAAACCACGAUGGAGUGCUAUCCCCAGAAGAGGAUGAACGUUUGCAGUUGGCCAAGCGCAAGAUGCUUGGCAAUAUCAAGUUUAUUGGAGAGCUCGGAAAGUUGGAGAUCUUGCAUGAAGCCAUCUUACAUCGUUGUUGCCAGCAGUUAUUGGAGAAGAAAAAACAUCGCUUGGGCUCAGCUAAGGACACCGCGGAAGACCUGGAGUGCCUCUGUCAGAUAAUGAGAACCUGUGGACGAAUUUUGGACUCUGAAAAGGGCAAAACCCUUAUGAAUCAAUACUUUGAUCGCAUGGCAAGGCUGGUUGAGAACCACGAACUUCCGCUGCGUAUCAGGUUCAUGUUAAAGGAUGCAAUUGAGUUGCGCAGGAAUCACUGGGUGCCUCGCAAAGCCACCAACGUUGAAGGCCCGAUGCCCAUCCAGCAGAUCAGGAGUGAAGAAAACUCCAGUCGCGGCUUCAAUUCUGGCAGCAUGCACAGUGACGGUCCUGGACGGCAUGGUAACUCUGACCAACGGCACAUGCACGAGUUUUUCCGGAGCCCUCUCCAGACAAGGGUUGGGAUGUCUGACAUGCUGAGCCACUUGCCUCUUGGCAACGGCGCUUCAAACCUUCAACAAGACAAGUUCAAUAGUUACAACUCAAAUGGAUACCCAUCUUCUGGUAAUUUCCGCAACCAACGCCACUCUGGAUUUAGUGGCAGCAACGGAGGAAACCAACAAAACUUUUAUCCUAAUCAGAACAGGCAAAACUUCAACAACAAACAACAACAGCAACAAAACUUUCCCAACCAGGGAGGAAACAAAGAGAUUGCACCAAGAUUCAUGCAAAAGAUAAUGCAGGGUCAAGUUAUGCACAACCCCGAGGAGGUUUCCCUGCGCCCAGCUGCAAAUUCAAUGCUUUUCAAAAAGAACACCAACCCGCCAAAGCCACCCAUGGGAAUGAAUUCCGGUCGACCAAUAGAAUCACUCCUCCCUCCUGGGCAAGCUGGCCAAAAGAGCCCUCCUCAAAUGAUGCAAAAGGAGUCAGCUAUCCUGAUCAAACAAGCGUCAUUGGACAAGAACAAAGCUUCGAAGAAAGACAAGGGACCAAACAAGGAGGAGCUGCUGAAGAAGAUCGACACAAUGAUGGAGGAGUUCUUGAGCUCAGGGAACACAACCGAGGCCAUCAGCUUCUACAGGGAGCAGAAGAUCCCUGAUAGAUUUGUGCCAGAGAUCCUGCUUGCCAUGAUGGUCAAGUCUCUGGACAAGGGAGAUGUGGAAAGGGAGCAUCUGAGCAACCUAAUGGUUUCCAUUAGGAAGGAAGCUUUGAUCACAGCCGUGCAGUACAUGGACUCGAUCAAAGAGCUUGUCAAGCAGAUGUCUGAGAAGGAGCAGGAGAUUCCAAGGAUAUUCUCUCAUGUUGCUGGAUUCGCUGCACAUGCCAUCAGUGCUGAAAUGGUCACCCUUGCUGAGGUUGCCGAGUUAACAGAGCAUGGAGCUCACUACCCACUUUUCAUGCUCCUCCUCCAGCAACUGCACAAGACCCAGGGGAAGGUUCCUUUGGGAAAGCUUUAUGAAGACAGCAAGGUGAACUUGUUGCAAAUGCUGCCUGAGGGUGACAGGACCAAGGAGAGACUCGCUGAGAUUCUGGAGGAUCGCGACUUAAGCUUCCUGCUGCCUCUUUUGAGGAUCCAGUCUGAGCUUUGGAAGCAACUGCAGUCUGAUCCGAAUCCCACUCAGUUCUACAAAUGGAUCAAAGAGAACCUCGAUCCCUCACACUACACUAAUCCAGGCUUUGUCAAUGCCCUGGUGACUGUGCUCAUCAAAUACAUAACACAGGAAUCUACAUUGGCCGAGGGCCUUGAUGCAAGCAACCCGCCUGAAAAGGCUGUGCUGGAAAAAGAGCAAGCUUUGCUCGGACGGUUCAAAUUGGUCUUGCAGUCAUUCCUUCAUGAGAAGGUGGACCUGCAAGUGAUUGCUGUGUACGGACUACAAACCUUUUGCCACUCUCUUCAGUUCCCCAAAGGUAUGCUUUUGCGCUGGUUCCACAAUUUGUAUGAUCUGGAAGUGAUUGAAGAGGAAGCAUUCAUGAAGUGGAAGGAAGAUAUAUCUGAUGAUUAUCCAGGCAAGGGGAACGCACUGUUCCAGGUAAAUCAGUGGUUGACAUGGCUGGCUGAAGCUGAAUACGAAGAGGAAGAAGAUGAGGAAGGCGAUGACUAAUGAGCAUUUUAAUGCGCCUGCCAAAACCAACCGCAACCAUAUUUUAUAACAUUAUAACCAAAAUCAAUGAGGGUUUUCGGCGUAACUGUCUGUACUUGACACAGUGGAUUUAUAAGGGAGGGGGUUGUUCUACUAUUUUCCUCUUUAGUCUUAAAAUUUCAAUGGGAACCGACAGACAUACUUCAGCAAGAAUUUCCACGUUCUGCAUCACCCAACCUACGUGAUCAUCAAGUUAUAUUUUUUACUUUGUGCAGUAUUUUGAGCAGCCUGCGGAGAGGGAGUGCUGCAUUCUUUAGUUUUCUUUCGUUCUGUGUUUCUGAUGCAAUCGAUCGACCGAUGGACUUCAAACAAAUGAAGUAAAUCAAUGUAACUGCGCAAGAUGAGAAAUUACACACUACUGUGCGACUGUAAUCAAGAUUCUCACAAUGAUUUGCCAAUAAUGUUAAGUUGUUUCUGUGAUUCUAGUAGGCAACAUAAAAAUAAUAUCAAUCAAAGAAAGCAGUCCCUUCCAGAGCUUACUUGACGUCUCUUUAAGUAGCCCCCUCUACACUUAAUUGCCCGUUUUGAGUUUUAGGAAGCAAAUUUAAUGACCAGCCGUUGGUAUGAUCAUUCUCUUCAAUUACCUGGCACUAAAAAUAGUUAGCAUUUCAAUCUACCCCUAUAUUACUAUCUAGAAGUGGUGUGUGUGUUGUUGACCUUUCAACUGCAGUUGUCGACACCAAUUCUGUUCCGGUUUUGCGAAUUAUCUUCGUGAACAGUCGUGGUGUCGACAAACAUCUGCAAGCGUCAUUUGUCAUGUUGUAGGUUAGAUUGGUUUUAAAUUAUGUAGCCAAAAUGUUAAAAAAGGUGUUGCAUUGUGACUUGGUGAGGUUGUUAACUCAACAUUAUUGAAAAUAAUUAUUAGCCACUCGAUUAGCCCCCUGCACUACAGAAUGAGAGAAUGCAUGAAUUUAGCCCCAUUAUUUAAUCCAAAAACAAACGAAAAAGGAAUAAAAAUUUUAACAAUGUUGUAAUUUAAUUUUAAAACUGUUAUAAUCUUUUGGUUUGGCCCCUUACUUUUUUUCUUCAGCUGAUUAAUUUGUUGCUACAUGGAAAGAUAAUUUGAUUUUCACCCUGCUUUAUGUACUUGAGAAUAGCUUUGAAACAGAACUGACUUAAUACCAUUUGGAAAUGUAUAAUCCAUGUGAUAUCUAUAUCAUUUAAACUUGGUUAGCAAAUUUAUGGUUCACGAAUAAUUGCGUCAAUAAUUAUAAAACUAAUUAAAAUAUUUUGUGUUGUUUGCUUGUCUCUCGGAUUACUACAACUAAGUAAGCGCCCUAUGCAGAAAUUGAUGAAAACUAUGUUAGCUGUUAACAAGAUGAUUUUGGUUUCCUCAGCACAAAAACUGACCGAUGAGAAAAUUUUCAAUAAAUUUUUAUAAAUGA